UUUGUCUUGAUUUGAUUGCGAAAAUUCUAAAUGUAGACGAAAUUCCUGGAAAAAUCCAUCGUUUUGAAAGGUUAAGCAGUAUAUAGUUCGACUAAAAUGAGCUGGGACGCCUACUUGAACGAUAAAUUGAGAACGUAUCAGCAUAAGGAUCUCUGUAAGAGGCAAAUCUUACCAGCUAUCAAUGCAUACAAGGAUUUGAGACCUUCUACUCAAAAUUUUGUCCAUAAUGAUGGAAGGCGGAUGGAUUUAUUUGCUCUGGAAGGAACAAUUCCUGUUAAUUUUAGAGGCUCAACGUACAAUAUUCCAAUCUGUUUAUUUCUACAAGAAAGACACCCCUUCAUUCCACCAAUGGUUUAUGUCCGUCCUACUAACACAAUGGCUAUCAARGUCUCCAAGCAUGUUGAUAAUACUGGUAGAGUGUUCUUGCCUUAUUUGUCAGAAUGGGCUCAUCCCAAGUCAGAUAUAGCUGCCCUCAUUCAAAUCCUAUGUUGUAUCUUUGCGGAGGAGCCACCRGUGUAUGCCAAACAACCAGGGUAUACACCACCACCACAGCAACAACAAGGUUUUCAGCCCCAGUAUGGUGGUGGAUACCCUCYCACAACAUCAAGCACCCCACCCUACCCCUCACAACCACACCGAAUGCCCAUGCCCAUGCCUGGUGUAAGCCAAAGUCCAGCAUACCAGCCUCCCUACCCACCAACAACUGCCAGCAAUCAAUACUCCCCYAGGCAGCCAAUGCCUCAGUUCCCAAGUCCCAACAGGUACCCCCCUGUUUCCCAAGCUGCACCCACCAGUCACAGCUCACCAGUAGCCAACCAGCAGCUACAAACAAGUCGGCAGGCAAGCAUACCAGAUGAUACUUUGAAAGCCUCACUGCUGUCUGCUAUAGAAGGCAAAUUGAGAAGAAGAGUUAAACCUGUUAUUGACCAAGCUCAGAUGGAGCUUGAUGGACUGAAUAAAACACAACAAGAGCUGAGGCAAGGCAGUAGCAAAUUAGAAGAGAUGAUUAAAAGACUAGAAGAAGAGCAGGCUGAUGUUGAGAAGAACAUCAACAUACUAACCAAUAAGAAUGAAGAAAUCUCUGAUGUCAUCAACAAACUUCAAAGCGAAUCGGAAAAUUUAAAUAUUGACGAAGCAGUGGUUACAACAGCACCUUUGUAUAACCAGAUUUUAAAUCUUUUUGCUGAAGAAAAUGCUGUAGAAGAUACCAUCUACUAUCUAAGUGAAUCUCUUAGGAAAGAAUCCAUUGAUCUCGAUGUAUUCUUGAAACAUGUAAGAGCACUCUCUCGAAAGCAGUUCAUGCUAAGAGCGYUACUKCACAAGGCAAGGAAGACCGCUGGACUCGGUGAUAUGGCAGGCUCAUAAUUUCUUCGAUGUAAAAAUGGUUUACGUAACUACAAAAUGAAUAUAGRUGUACAACACUAAGCUGGAAUGGUCCYUUUUYGUUAUKACRUCAUGCGAUGUUYGUURGGGUGMACACAUGGGAUUGGCAAGAGAUGCGACGCCAAYACAAGCAAAGCAUGAUGGGAGUUAUAGUCCUCGCAUUUUUUAAUGUCCACUAAAACAUUACACCUAAGCCGUAAACACAAAAUUGGUUGUGCCUUUUCUGCAAGGAAGACAUAAAGAAGGCCUUUAGGGACUAUAAAAAGRGCGAGGACUGCAACUCCCAUCAUGCCAUUGUUGCCUUUUGCAGUCGGAUUAAUUUGUCAUGCUGUUUUGCAAGCAUUAUAUUACAAAUUGCUCGGUCUUGUGUUUAAAGUGUACUACAGUGCAGAACCAUCUUUUUAGAGUUUUUUACCUAAAUAUCCUUACAACAGGUAACAUAAAUUUUACUUUAAAAUUUCGUAUUUCUUAGUUUUUGUAAAAGAUUUCCGCCAUCUUGAUUCUAUUAGUUAAUACCAUGAUGCACUCUGCUCAUGCAGCAUGACGUCAUAACGUUAGAAGUGCAUUACGGCUAUUGUUCUUACAGCCCAAUAGGUAAUCUUGAAACUAUUAUAGGAAUAAUCCCAUUUUAUGAAAUUCGAAUACUGCGUAAGUCCUCAGAACAAGAGUUUUCCUGUUUCUUCUUUGCUGCAAUCUUGAGCCCAGAGUCAUGACGGCUAAAGUCGGCAGCGGUCUGCUUAUACAAUGACUUCCGCUGAUUGUCAAAAGUGUGGGUUCUUGGUACGAGAUGUUUUUUCGUUUAUAUGUGAUAGCUAAAUUUAUAGUGCAGAAUUUUGGUGUUACUGAGUUGAUUAAGAAAACUGUCUAAAUUACAUCAAGGUGUUUAAUGUUUUAAAAUAUUUGAAUUGUGGAAAUUUGAGUUAAAGUGCAGAAUUUUGGUGUUACGCAAUUGAUUAUGAAAGAAGUUUGUUAAGUAACGACAGUUAGCAUGGUGUUAUUAGGUACAGUGCAGUUCAAAAAUGAAAUAAAUGUAAAAGUCAAUCAUCUGA